UCCUGCAGGGCAGCAAACACACACCUGGAAGGUUAAUGGUGACACACACACACACACCUGCGUGCCGGCUGCUGACGUCUCCGUGAACACGUCGCAGUGCAGGAACAGGAGCCGGGCAUCCUGCACACACCUCGGCUGUCUGUCACUGAAUUAUAAUGACAGCAAAGGACUGACUUUUAAUUUUUGGAGCUUUUUUUUCUUCCUUCCCUUCCUGGACAUGGAGUACUAUGGUCCUGAGUGAAAGGUUGCCAUGGAUACCCUUCCCAUAGGCUGGACGGUGCAACAGUGUGACCCAGAGGAUGACGGGACGGGCCUGUUGAAGCCCGACGGGGUCACCCACCCCCCCGCACACAACACACACAUCCACGAUCUGUUCCAUGAAGAUGCACAGGGCCCCCAGCAGCCCAGCCAGCCGUGGUGGAAGGUGCAGCUGUUUGUGUGGGAGCCAGUUCUGUUCGGCACCUGGGACGGCGUCUUCACCACCUGCAUGAUCAACAUCUUCGGCGUGGUGCUCUUCCUCCGCACCGGCUACCUGGUGGGCAACACAGGUGUGUUGCUAGGGAUAGUCCUGGUCUCUGCGGUGGUGCUGGUUGCCUUGGUAACGGUGAUGUCGGGGAUCGGAGUAUGUGAGCGCUGUGGCGUUGGGAGCGGAGGAGUCUACUCCAUGAUCUCCACCGUCCUGGGGGGCAGAGUGGGAGGCACCGUGGGCCUGCUCUACGUGUUUGGACAGUGUGUGGCCGGAGCGAUGUACAUCACAGGUUUCUCGGAGUCGGUGGCCGAGCUGCUGGGCCUGCAGAGCCAGUGGGCGGUGCGCGGCAUGUCGGCCGCCGUGCUGCUGGCGCUGCUCGGCAUCAACCUGGCCGGAGUCAAGUGGAUCAUCCGCCUGCAGCUGCUGCUGCUGGUCGUGCUGGCCGUCUCCACGCUGGACUUCGUCAUCGGCACCUUCACACACCUCGACCCAGAGCACGGCUUCGUUGGUUAUUCAGCCGAGCUGCUGGGCAGGAACACGAUGCCCGACUACAGCCCGGGAGAAAACUUCUUCACUGUGUUUGGGGUUUUCUUCCCCGCUGCAACAGGGGUGAUGGCAGGCUUCAACAUGAGCUCAGACCUUCAGCGGCCAGAACACAACAUCCCUGUGGGAACGCUGGCAGCUGUCUUCACCUCGUGGUUCCUGUAUCUGGUCUUCGUCUUCCUCCUGGGGGCCAUCUGCACCAGAGAGGCGCUGCGCUACGACUUCUUGAUAGCGGAAAAGGUCUCCUUGGUGGGUUUCCUCUUUCUGCUGGGCCUCUACAUCUCCUCCCUGGCCUCGUGCAUGGGCGGCCUGUACGGAGCACCCAGGAUCCUCCAGUGCAUCGCCCAAGAGAGAGUCGUCCCCGCCCUGGCCUUUCUGGGAAAAGGGAGGGGCCCUAACAGGACCCCGGUGGCAGCCAUCUGUCUCACCAGCCUGCUGACGAUGGCCUUCAUCUUCAUCGGCCAGGUCAACACGCUGGCCCCCAUCGUCACCAUCAACUUCAUGCUCACCUACAGCGUCAUCGACUACUCCUACUUCAGCGUGGCCAUGACCUCCCAGCUGCAGAGCAAGGAGCGCAGCGACGGCCUGCUGCUGGCCCGGAGGAGCCGGCGCAGGCCCACCAGGCAGAGCUCCAGGCCGCUGCUGGACGUCCCCCACCACGGCUACGGCAGCGGAGGCACCGCUACGCAAGGCAAAGGCACUCUGCUGGAGUUCACCAAAGACAUGGACCGCAUUUUCCCCCCUGUCCCAAACGGAGACGCCAGAGCCGAGAAGAUCUCCCCCUCCUCCUCCUCCUCCUCGCAGGAGCAGAGCGACAGAUGCAGGAGCAGGAAGGCCAAGGUUCCCGCCAAGCAGAUGCUGAUGGACAGCUUCGGCUUGGACCUGAACAGCAACGUGUUCCCCGGCGACGCGGGCCAGGAGGCGGGCUCAGCUCCCCCAGAGGAGGAGGCCGCGGGCCGAUGUGGACCCGAGGAACAGGGGCCCGUCGGCGGAGGAGACCCUCCAGUCAAAUCCCCGACUCACAUCCAGCUGGAUCCUCCUGCAGAGCCUCCGAGUCAAACCAGAGACACUAAACCAGAGCACCAGAGCUUGGAAAUCAAACCCAUGCCGGACUCGUUUUACGCCGGGUUCUGCAACCACUGGGUCGCCCUCGUCGGUGGCCUGUGCUCCAUCCUGAUCAUGUUCGUCAUCCAGUGGGUUUACGCCUUGGCCAACAUCGUGGUCGCUGUGCUUCUCUUCUUCUACAUUGGUAAAACAAGUCCAGGGUUACCCACAGGAAUUGCAGCUCGAUUCAGUUUUUUCACGUGGCUGAAAUCGACACUGAGCAGCAUCGGCAGGAGGGGGGCGUCUCCCAGGGACCAGAUCGUGCUCACGCCCUCUCUGUCCGCGGUCGGGAUGGAGACCAAGCAGCUGACCGAGGAAAACGCCGACUUCGCCUCCCGUCACCGCUGUCACCAGUCUUACUACAUCGAGGCAGACAGGAUGGUGCAGCCGCCGCUGAACUGAACUGAAAGCUUUGGCUCGUGUGUGUGUGUGUGUGUGUGUGUGUGUGUAGGAGUCCUGUCAUCCUGUCCGGUCACAAUCAGGACCUGUUUUCUACUGAACACAAACACUCAGUGGUUUGGAUCAUUUUCCUGUGGUGGCCACAGGAAAGACCAGCUUCUUCUCUGGAACUUUGUAAUGUGUGUGUGUGUGUGUGUGUGUGUGUGUGUGUGUGUGUGUGUGUGUGUCUUUAAAGGCCCAAAGUUAAUGGAAGCAGCUUCCAU